CAACUCUUGAGGUUACACCUGGAGGGCAAGGGUGAGCAUCUACAGGUAACUGCUGCCAACCAGGACUGACUGACUGAGCCAACCACUCAUCAGACCACUAUGACAGAUACUUGAGAAGAGCCUGUCAGCCUAAGGUUGGAGAUGGACUCCCCAGUGAAGAGUGGGGCUGUGCGGGAGCGGCAGCAGCUUACGGUGGGCCCCCCUGAUGGAGGCUACGGAUGGUUCAUCCUGCUGGCCUGCUUCCUGGUGUUUGGGCUGACCUUUGGGGUGAUCAAGGCCUUCGGAGUGUUCUACGUGGAGAUCCACGGCUACUUUGAGACCACAGCAACAGGAACCUCCUGGAUUACAUCCAUCGCUGUGGCAACCAUCCACUGUGGAGCCCCCAUGGCGUCUGCUCUGAGUGCUCGCUACAGCCACCGGGCCGUGGUGAUGAUAGGGGGUCUACUGAGCAGCGCGGGGAUGGUGGCUGGGGCUUACGCCCAAAACCUGGUUCAACUUUACAUCACUGUAGGACUCCUAACCGGUUUUGGCUAUGCCCUGACCUGGACCCCCACAGUGACCAUGGUGGGCUGGUAUUUUGAGAAGAGGAGGCCCAUGGCCAACGCCCUCGCCAGUGCUGGAGAGUGCAUCAUCACCUUCCUGUUGACACCCCUGUUCCAGCUGCUGGUUGACCACUACUCCUGGAGGGGGGCCAUGCUGGUGAUGGGGGGCCUGCAGCUCAACCUGUGUGUUUGUGGGAUGUUACUGCGCCCCCUGAACACCCCCACUAAGCUGCCUCCCAAGGAGGUCAGAGAGGAGGAAGGGGACUUGACGUUGGAUGCCUUGCCCCAGACUAAAUCCAGCUCUGAGGGGACAGUGGAGGGUACAGGGAAGGCCCAAGCCCAGAAGGCCAGAAAGGAUGCGCUACGGAGCAAAGUCCUGCACUACGUGGACUACACACUCAUCACCAACCCCCGCUUCAUGGUCUACUCCAUGUUCGGGGUGUUUGCUGCUCUGGGCUUUUUUGCCCCGGCCCUCUUCCUUGUGCCCUAUGCCCGGAGCCAGGGAGUGGAGGAGUACCAGGCGGCUGCCCUCAUGUCCAUCUCAGCAGCUCUGGACCUGACGGGCCGGGUGUUCUUCGGCUGGGUGGCCAACCUGCAUCUGGUGGAGAUGGUGCAACAGCUGACUGCCACUGUGAUCCUGCUGGGUAUAGUGCUGCUGCUGUGUCCCUUGGCCUCCUCCUUCCCAGCGCUGGCUGCCUUCAGUGCAGCCUAUGGCCUGGUGUUCGGGGCCACCGUCUCCAUCCACAUCACCGUGCUGGCUGAGGUGGUAGGCGUGCAGCGGCUGGGGAGCGCCCUCGGCUUCUUCAUGCUCAUCCGCAGCAGCGGCGGCCUCCUGGGGCCACCCAUCGCAGGAUUCUUUAUAGACAAGAUGAGUGACUAUGGGACAGGCUUCCUCAUGGCAGGCGUGGCCCUCAUCGUCUCUGCCCUCUUCCUGCUCCUGCUGCACCAGAUGAACCGCAGGGCUCAGGGGUCAGCCAGGAAGGGACAUGCGUGAUUCGCCUAUGGGCAGCCAGAAGGGGGAGGAGCUGUGGAAGUGGAUGGUAGACAGCAAAAAGGACUGUACAGACUGGGAGUAUGAGGAUGGAGAUUGUCUUUGUAACUGUAGGUGAGAGAAUGAGGUGGAGAGGAGACGGGGGGCUAGUUCAAAAGGAGCUUCCUGAGUCCAACAAUGCUGAACAGACAAGGACCUCAACAGUAUAGUGACAAUCACAUUCCUUCUUCUGAAGAUGUAUUAUCUAAACUGUUUCUGCAGAAACUAGUGCCUUACUCACUCUCACAGCACUGGCAGACAUCUCUUUUCUUCCCAGAGUUUAAAUGAGUUAAUAAAGAAAACUCUACCAGAUGGCCACAAGUAUCACAACAAUUAUGCAGUGAUUCACUUUUGAUUCACUACAAAACAUAAAAUGUUAUAAUGAAAGGUGCAUUCCUCCACAACAUUGUAGGACAGUGUAGUGCAUCUGAUCUCCACUCAUUCAAAUAGUUGGGACAGGUUUGAUAACACAAGUGGAGCUUAGAGGUAUUUUAAAGUAGAGUCUAUGGCUAAACUCAGUGGGGGAUCAUGUCAGAAUAUAUUUAUUGCUGGAGCUGGCACUAACUCAAAUUACUUAGACAAUGCACAUUGCCAUCAUCCCAACAUGAAACAUUUAAGGGGAAAUUAUAUUGUGUACUGUGAAACAUUGCUCACAAAGGCAACAAAUUAAGUUAUUUCCAUUUUCUCUGCUCUACAAUGUUUUGUGCAAAAUAUACAUCCAAGAUAAGUAAACUCCACAGAACUGCAAUAACACAGGCAUUCUGAUAAAAAUCUUACCCUUGGAAUAACACAAAUAAGCCUAAAUAAACUAGUCACCUUCCAUAAAUCUGGAAUAAUAAACUAGAAACUGAGGUUUAGUUAAAGUAAGCUGUUUCAUAAAAACUGGCUUGGGAAUCUCCCACCACAUGCAAACAAACACACACACACACACGCACAUACCGUCACAUA